GCCCAGCCUGCGCCUGCCCUGCGCCCAGGGCCCCGGUCCCGACGGGCAGGCGGGCGGCAGCAGUGCCAGCAGCAGCCGCUCCAACAGCGGUGCCGACGGGGCAGGCCUGGCCUGCAGCAAUGGGCACGGCAACGGCUUGACCCCACGACCGCUCACCGAGACACCGCUGCAGGGCACCUGCACGACGCUCUGCCCGGCCCUGCAACAGUUUACCAACAAAGAAGCCACAGAAGGUCCUGGAGCCUGACUACAAGGGAAGGAAAAUGAAGAAUGAACGUGGCCAAGCUUUCCACGGAGGACUACUGCUCUUGGUCCAUGUAGCAACUCUGUCCACCUGAAAAGAGAAACGAGACCUAUAGGCAGAUAUUCAUUGUACUUUUGGUGUUGACUUGGGUAUUUUGAAAGGCAGAUACCUUAAUUUCUUGGCAGUUUCCCCAGGGUUAGACAUUACGCAGAGGAAACUGUACCUUAGAGAGAUGUAUUGCAUGCAGGUGGCAUCUUUCCAGUGCACCUGACAGAUGCAUAAGAAAGAGAUGGUGCUUUGCUGCAACUAGGGCUCUUUUUUUUUUCAGCCCGAUUGCUUGGAAUUACACCAGAGCCCAAGAGGGCUGAGCCCAGGCGGUUUAGUCAUACUCUGGCGAUGGAGGUUUGGAUCCAAUUCUGGAAACAGCCCCAAAACUUCUCAUGAUGUGAAGCUGGACUUGGUAUCAGAGAGACCUCCCUCUCCAAGGCUGGGAGAUGAAUGCCAGUACUUCUCAGGACACUGGUCUGAUCAAGAACUGACCAAAAUCGAUGUGAACAGCAUGCGUGCUCUCCAAAGAGCCUGCAAGGGAAGGUCUGAAAGUGUCUCCUGUAUGGAUUGCAAGAGAAAUUACUACCUCAGAAGUGGGACAUCAGUAUGCAGCUGGAGCCUGGAUGUGGGGGCCAGAGGUUUCUGCUCUCUGGGAUGGAGUCUUAACCUCCGUGGCACCGUUGGUGCUGGGUUUGCAGGACAAGCUGAUUCUGUACACCUGCGCAAAGUGCCUGUAAAAUGCUACCAAAACCGACUGCACAGGUGUAAAUGGUUACACAAAGUGCCAGGCAGGGCCCAGGCUGCUGAGCUACUAUUUCCAUAGCAUGCAUUUGCUGCCCUUAAAGCAUCAGGGUUUUUACACAGGACUUGGGAGACUCUGGGAUUAUCUCCUGGGUGGUGAUGAUGAGGGGGAGUGCACUGAAUACAGCUGGACCUGUUGCUGGAGCCCAAGCUGAAGGGAUAAAAGGCCUCAAAUAAGCAAGGGACCUUUCUGUGAUCUUUACUCUAAUUUCAUUGCCUAAAUCACUGCCUGCGUAGGCAGCAAGAAUAGCUGGCAUUGAGGAAUAUCCAUUCCACCUGAAAAAAAGCCCGUUAUAAAACGGCAUCUGUGUCAUGUUUUGCACACUCGGGGCCGGAUUGUGCCAGGGGCUCAGCAUCUUGUACCAGAGGGCACCUGUUGCUGCUCUUUUCUUCUGAGCUGAGGCAGGCAGAUGCUCCAAGCUAGGUUUCAAAGGGGUUUAGGUUCCUGGUGGGGUUUGCCAACCUGCUGAGGCACUAAUGGAGAUGGGCAACUUGGUGUUUUAGAAGCUCCCCCCAGGCACUUGCCUGCAUCUCUGCACUCAACCACCUGUAAAAAUACGGCCCUAAGGAAUGGAUCUACAGAGGCUCUGAGCACCUGUCACUCGGAGCCGGUUCAGCAGGAGCUGGUGCUGGCUCUUCAGGUGGACCCGCAAAGGAUGGCUGCAGAUCUCCGUGACUCGAUAUCAUCCAUAUACCUCGCUGUGAAUACCUGCUGAAACCUCAGGCUGGACAGCUCCUUGGGGCUGCGGGCAGCUGAUGCUCGCGUGGCGCGCUCCUCCAGCCAUGUGAAGCUUGCAUCUCGAAGCGGGUGCCAGCUCUUAACUUAGAGCUCCUGGACACUGCCUGAGGGAUGAGGGGUAGAGGUGAAAAUCCAGCCCUGGGAUGCUCGGCAGGCACUGUAAGCAUGGAGCACUGUAAAUAGGCCACAUUGUGCACCAACAGGUGUUUGUAUUUGUGAGUGACUGCAUAUGCCGAGCUUACUUGUGAUGACUUUCCCUGAGAUGUUUCUGGUUGUAAAUAUAUUCGAGCCAUUGACUUUUUUUUUUUUUUUGCUAGUGUGAAAUAAGCCUUCCAAAUGCCUGACUGUUGUAAGAAAAAAAAAAAUACAAACACCUUAAAGUAUGUAGUCAUGUCGUCUUUCAAACGGGACAUCUGAAGGUGGUUCUUCCUGAAGCUUGCUCUGGAGCAGUCUCUGGUUCAGGAAUGAUGCAGCUUCUGUUGUUUGACUCCCCUGAAUUGACCGUAUUUCUGCCCCUUAAGGCAGCUUCCCUGAUAGGUGAUUAAACAGAUGGGAAGAAAGAAGAUGACUAUCAUUGCCCGGUGCAGUAGGUUCCACCUGUAGGGCCUUAAAAGGAUGAUAGGAGAAAAGGCAGUUGAGCACUGAACUUAGGGUGACUUUCAAAGGGGAUCAAGCACCCGACUCACUUAUACCUUUGCAGAUUACAGAAUCACAAGGUUGAAAAGGAGCUGGAGAGUUGUCAAGUCCAGCGCCCUGCAGAAGUGCAGGAUUUGCUGAUCCUAAACCAUGCCAGAAAAAUGCUUACCCAGCCUCUUCUUGAAAGUCUCGAAGGAAGGAGACUCCACAACCUCCCCUGGCAGCUCCUUCUGCUGUCCUACUGCUCUUAUGGUUAGGAAGGUCCUAAACCUCUGUUCACUCUGCAUUAAAGAGGAAUCAGUGUUGGCUGCUGGAAUUAAUCCUUUAGGGCAGUCAACCCCUGUCAGGGCAGGAGGCAUUUUAAGCUCUAGGUACACGCAUAAAAAAAGGGGCUGCGACUGCUGGCAGGUUGCUGGUACAAGAGUCCUGAGGCAUUCCCUGCUCUGCACUAAAGCAUAGUACUUUCACCCCAAGCACAGACAGCAGUGCCCUGAUGAUGCGUGAGGCUCUGCUGAGUGGGGACCCCCCUCUAUGAUUUUCCAUCACUUAAGAUUUUUGCAAAUAAUUAAACUUCUGCUCUGCACCUAGUGCAGGUGCCAUAAGCCUCUCUGAAUGGGGAAGGGAGGGAGGAAAAGUAGGCAUUAUGAAUUUCACACAGCAACGCCACAAACAAAGGGUCACUUAGGGUACCAUGUCAAGGAAAAUUCCCAGAAUAGGUAGAAGAAAUGCUGUAUGUGGAAGUCAAAGGGCUUCUUUUUGUCCCGGAGAUCAGAGGAAAGAAGUACCUUAGAAUAAUCUGCCAAAAACCCCACAGCCUUGAGAAACCAAACUGGGGAGAGCUGAAUUUUGAGUUUAAAGGUUUGGUGGGUGGGGAGAGGGGGAGGAGAUCACAGUUGGGGGAAAAACAACAAACCAAUUGAGCAGGGCCCCUUGUCAUACACAGUUAAUAGAAAUUAAGAAAUAUAGGAGGUGGCUUUCUCCCUCCCUGUGGUUAAGAGACAGGGAGCAAGGAGGCCCUUUAGCCCAUUGUUUCUGGCAGGUCUUUGGGAGGCAGCAGCUGGUCCUGACUGGCCUUUUAUCAUUCCCCCAGUUGCUGAUGCUACCUUCCAUGGAGCUGUAUUUCCCAAACUGAGUGCUGGCAGCUGGAAAGCUUUUCAGCCGUCCAUAAAGUGACUGCUAGUGCCACUCUGUGUUGUAGGGGAAGGAUUUCACUGGUUGGGACUGGUGGGUGAGCUGUAAGUCCCUGUAGGUUGCCGCUACAGAGCACCAUGACUUCUCCUCUCCCGUUUCCCAGCUUGCUGUCUGAUGAGGAAAAGCCUGUGGUUGUCUUGUGGGGGAAAGAACAUCCCCACGUGCUCAGCUGUGUUUCUCUAGGCUGCGAACUGAAUGCCAGCACCAGGAAAUAUAUCGUGAAGGAAGAGGAUGACUUCUUGGAGCACCUGGUCUCACUGAAAACAAUCUGUCUCGGGGCAGAGGCCAAGGACGAGCUUAACGUGGUGGCUGUAGCGGCAAAAAACACCUAUGGUGACAACACACCGAUGCCCAUCGCAUCGCUGAAGCUCUCCGUUCUCCCCAUGGCCACUCUGGACGGCUUUGAAUUUACCCCUCCUGUGGAUUUUGUGUUAAAAUCUGGAACGGGGCCAGUCUAUCUCCACGGACAACAUGUCAUUUGCGGCAUCCUGCUGAAUCUGUCUAGCCCUCAGCGACAGGGUCCGCGGCCGGCGAGACUGUUCCUGGGCAGUUCGGAAGUUGCGCUGUGCUGCUCCGAGAUGAUUAAACGCCGCUGUGUGUCGUCCCCCCUCCCUGCAGCCUCUUCAUUUAUCACCAGUGACCUCCCUCAUUCCCUGGCUGGGUAUCUCCUGCCGAGCUACCUGGCUGUGCUCGACCCGCUUGCCUGGCAAGCCUUCCCAUUUGCGUGGGGCUCUGGCACACGGUGCCUGCAGACCCCCACCCAGCCAGCUCGUCCGGCUGUUCCCGGGGCAGCUGCUGCCGGGACAACCGGCGUUCCAGUGCCCAGCGUGGGCCCAGCGGCAGUUGCAGCGCUGGACUGGGUGCCCACGGGGCUGGAGACGUGACGAGCAAAGCCUGUCCUGCCUGCUCUCACCUGGCCGGGGCAUGGCUGCUCUGUCCCUCUUCCUCGAUGUCCCGCUCACCAGGGAAGCCCACAAGCUCCUCUAUGCCUACAUGGAGGACCCCUCUCCCGACAAGGUGUAUCU